GCUGCCAGUGAAAUUUUACAAUUAGCCCAAUCACAGCCCUCGAUCCGAGAUGUCACUGCGGGCGAGUCAGAAGGCUUGGUAAAACAAGACAGUCGCUCCUUGCGCCCCGGCAUAGCGCCAUACACUCAAAUCCCUGCCCAGUUACUCAGUUGUCAGCUCGGAACCUGCAAACUCGAAAAGCACCCUCUCUCUCUCUUAUCCCCUCUCGUCGCAGCAUCACACAACGCCUUUCAGAUGGGAGCAUCGCACUGAUCUACAGCGCGACACACACAGCCUCUUGCGGAAUCCUACAGUGCAGCGAUUUUCAAGGCAUAAGUGCGUCUGCGUUUGGGAUGGGAGGUGUUGCGAUCCCGCCGGGUCUGAGUCCACUCGGAGCGGCAUAGUGGCUGGAGAGGCACUCGCUGAUCGGAAGUGUUGUUGGGAUCCUGCUGCUAUUUCCUUUCGCGCUGGAUUCUCAUGCUUUUGACUAACACGUCGCUGCAGAGGAUUUAGAACGGACCAAUUCAUAAAGAAGCAUCACAGCCCUGUGGAUUAGGAUACCAAAAGGUGGUUCUUUUUACGCAUCUCGUUGUAAUUUGGAAGUAAAGGAGUUGGGAUUCAUCGGAACGUGCCUGUUACCGCAGUGUCAAUGCGACUGCGGCUGUAAACUGAUAUCCGCAGCGAUUACAGGUAUAGAAUGACCUCAAUCCCAAGCGAGGCCUGAUCACGGAUUGGCUGAUAGUACUGGACCGAGCCCCUUCUAGCCCUCCCUGAUACCGUGGACCAUGGAGUCCCACCACACCAGGACACGGACUUCCUGUCUUACCCUAUGCUGCUUCCUGUUUGCCCUGGCCAUCCCUCUCUUGUUGGCAUCCAGGCCCCUCCCCCAUGCCCCCGACGGCGUCACUAUCAUCACUGCCUCCAUCGACGCAGCUGAUGAGGAGGACUAUAGCACGUUCAGCACCGAGAACCCUGAGUGGAAGUUCAACCACGUGGCCGUGGACGAACGCAACGGCAACGUGUACCUGGGAGCGGUCAACCGCAUCUACAAACUCUCCCCCGACCUAAACGUACAGGUGUAUCACGAGACUGGCCCCGACGAGGACAACCGCAAGUGCUACCCGCCACGCAUUGUGCAGCCCUGCAGCGAGCCGCUGUCCCUCACCAACAACGUCAACAAGAUGCUGCUGAUGGACUACCGGGAGAACCGGCUAUUAGCCUGUGGUAGUCUCUAUCAGGGCAUCUGUAAACUCCUCCGUCUGGACGACCUGUUCAAGCUGGGAGAGCCCUUCCACAAGAAGGAGCACUACCUGUCCGGGGUCAACGAGAGCGGUUCGGUGUUCGGCGUCAUCGUGUCGUACGGGGACUCAUCGCCCGACAAGCUGUUUGUGGCCACGGCAGUGGACGGCAAACCCGAGUAUUUCCCCACCAUCUCCAGCCGCAAGCUGGCGCGCAACUCGGAGGAGGACGGCAUGUUCGCCUACGUCUUCCACGACGAGUUCGUGGCAUCCAUGAUCAAGAUCCCGUCAGACACGUUCACCAUUGUGCCUGACUUCGACAUCUACUACGUCUACGGAUUUGGCUCGGGUAACUUCGUCUACUUCCUCACGCUGCAGCCGGAGAUGGGGAACGGGCCGGCCACCGGCUCCUCCUCCACGGGGCGAGAACAGGUGUACACUUCUAAAAUAGUCCGGCUGUGUAAAGAUGACACAGCCUUUAACUCGUAUGUGGAGGUACCCCUGGGCUGUGUGAAGGGCGGCGUGGAGUACCGGCUCCUACAGGCGGCCUACCUCUCCAAGGCGGGUGCCAUAUUGGGGCGCUCGCUAGGUGUGGGGCCCGAUGAUGACGUCCUAUUCACCAUCUUCUCCAAGGGCCAGAAGCGGCGGCCACGCGAGGCUUCGCAGGAGUCAGCGCUGUGCGUGUUCGCCCUGCGUGAGAUCAACGAGCGCAUCAAGGAACGACUGCAGUCGUGCUACAAGGGCGAGGGCACCCUGGACCUGGCCUGGCUCAAGGUCAAGGACAUACGCUGCAGCAGCGCUCUCUUAACCAUCGACGACAACUUCUGUGGCCUGGAUAUGAACGCUCCUCUGGGGGUGUCAGAGAUGGUGCAGGGCAUCCCUCUCUUCUCUGACUCCACCGACAAGAUGACCUCGGUCAUCGCCUAUGUCUACAAGAACCACUCUCUGGCCUUCGUGGGCACCAAGAGCGGGCGCAUCAAGAAGGUAGGCGGGCAGCCAUUGAUACUAUUAACCUUCCCAGUGGUCUCCCACCGGGGACUGUGGAGGGCUACUAGGAGAUACGAGGAGAUUGUUUUUCCACAAACAUGCUGAGUCGGCCGUUUUCUCUUCAGGAGGGAGAGGUGGAGGAGAGGCAGUGUGUGUGUGUGAGUGUGUGUGUGUGUGUCAGAGAGAGAGCAUCUCGAGACCACCUCAGGGGUUUUAUUAAUAGAGGUCUUUCUGGUGUUUCUGGACGUCUCUCCUGAUCCAUGGUCCUGUAUAAAACACGCUACACCAUGACAACCUACUGUUCACUGUAGCUGCUACCAUAUCAUUUUUGUCCACAACACUGAAAUAGUCUCUAAAAUGAUACAAACCAAACAUCAUUUCCCAUUGUACAAAGAAACUAAAGAAGUCGCUGCCAUAAACAGAUCAACCGUUAGAGACUGUGUUUUGAAGUGUGUGACUGUAGCGUGGGUGUAUAGGCCUGGUGCAGCGUGUCGGAGCCCCAGCCUGGACCCCUGCUGCCCCCAACGCCCCCCUCUCAGGGAGCCCUGUCCUGGGGUAAUUGGAUGAUGCGGUGUUGGGGGGCCCUGGGCCUGCUGCUCUGCUUCUCUCUCUUCUCUGAUGUGCUGACAGGGGUGUGAGCAUACACACAGCCAUGACUGAGACUAAUCCUGGGCGAAGCCAGCUAGCCGCUCCUGGCUCUGAGGACAAUAGUAUUACAGAGAGAAGGAAGGAGAGGAGAGAGUGGAGCUGAGAGAAGGAGAGGAGAGAGUGGAGCUGAGAGGAGGAGAGGAGAGAGUGGAGCUGAGAGGAGGAGAGGAGAGAGUGGAGCUGAGAGGAGGAGAGGAGAGAGUGGAGCUGAGAGGAGGAGAGGAGAGAGUGGAGCUGAGAGGAGGAGAGGAGAGAGUGGAGCUGAGA